UCCUGUAGUAACUAGUCCAGGUCAGAGGUUCUCAAUCGCUUCGUAUAUUUGGGUUUCAUGUGUGAAAGCUAAAGGGUGAAAGCCUACUCGGUCAGCACCCAAAUUUCCGAACCUUGCAGUGGGUCAGUGUCACAUCUUAGGUGUACGUAUGUGUGUUAUUCUGAAAUAGACUGAAAAUAGUGCAGCCAUUGGGUUCUUACCAUCUCAGCUUCCUGCACUCACCAGCACCACACUCUUCUCCUGAUGGUGAGCGGCUGCUGGAAUGCGUUCGAGUAUCAUACAGAUCGAGAGCCAAGGCAGGACUGUGGGAGGCAUCAACAACACGCCCACCUUGCCACGCCCACCCCUCUACGCCCAUGCUUCCAUGCCCACCCUGCUACGCCUACCAGCCACACCCACCCUUCCACGCCCACUCACUGUCCAUCCUGUAGAUCACACCCACGCCUUCUCAUCACGCUCAUACGCCACGCCUUGCCACACGCUUCGCCACACGCCUCGCAGCACGCCCCGCCGCACGCCUCGCCGCACGCCCGCACACCGCUAUCCACGCCCAGUCAUGCCCUUCGCUACACCAACACGGCGCAGAGGAACCCCACGUGACGGUCACCAGGAGAGGGAAUUGAGAGUGGCUGCUAUGUGACCUCUGCCUGGAGUCCUGAUAGAGAUACUUCUGCGUCUCCUUCAGGAAAGAAAAUAAUACGGAGAAUAAAAUAUAUAUAUAAAAAAAAAACUUACGGUUGUCCUCAGCAAGAGGAAAAAAAAGAAAGAAAAUUAGAAAGUUUAACGAGUGUGGGAAAUCAUGAAUAAACGUGCAGUUACUUAACGAACGAAGGUAUUUUCCUCGUCAGCAUGAUGACUCACAAAGGAACAAAAAGGAAACACAAACAGCAGAUACAACAUCAUCAUCAGCAGCAGCAGACCCAUUGCCCCUUACGAGGCUGUCUGUGAAUCUUGUGAGGAAAAAAAGAAAAUGCGAAGGAAA